CCAGCGCUUCGUCAUCCGCCAGUUUGAUAUGCUAAAUCUUAUCCUAAAGUAUCUAGGCCAUUAGGGGUGUUCAAACAGUGUGGUUACCAUGGUAACCGUUUUAAUAAGUAUUAUUUGGAUAAUUUGGUUUGGUUAAUUUGGAUAAUUGGUUUGGUUUGGUUAAAGUUUUUAGCUUGUUUGGUUUAGGUGGUUUGGUUUGGUUUCAGACACUCCUAACCAGCCAACCCAAAUUAACCAGAUAAAUAAUUAGUUAUAUAUCUAAUAUAUACACAUACUUAAUACUUUGAAUAACCACUCAAGAGUUAAACAUUCAUCCUUUUAGACUCAUAAAAUAUAAAGCUUUAUAUUGUUCAUAUAAUGUAUAUUUGUAUAUGUAGAGUGUAGACCACAACAUAUGACCGUCUAAUUUAGAUAAAUCUCAUACAUUAUGUUGGAUGAAAACUUGAAAGCAAGAUCAUUUUCAGCCUAUAAAAAUUGCUAAAAGACUAAGUCAAUUCAAACAAACACAACAAUUCAUUAACUCAUACCAUUGCAAUAAAUUUUUGUUUGGUGAAUAAAUCUAUAGUAACCGUAAGAUAAUUGUCUUAGUUGCAUGUAUUUAUGUUAAGGAUCAACUAUAACUUGUGAAUUGAGAAAUUAACCAAAAAUUUUCUCACUUAAUGAUAAUAUGAUUUUAUGUUGGUUAAUCUGGUUAACCAAUUAACCAAACCGAUUAAACUUUAGUUUGGUUAAUUUGGUUGUUGUAUUUGUUUGGAUGGUUUGGUUAUGAUAUUGCAUUCCAUAGUUAAUGAAAUUUAGCCUUAUUUGGUUUGGUAAUAACCAUCGUAACCAUUUGAACACCCCUACGGGCCAUGCCUCCUUGACCGUCUGUAUCCGUUGUCGCUUCUGCCAUCGAACCACUCCCCACCUCUGUAACUUUUGGUGGGGUUAUCGAUAAUAGGGUUUUCUUUGUCCAUCUCAAAACUCAGGAUUUUCAGAAAAACUUCCGAAAAAACAAAAAUAUCACUCCCUUACUCUAAACCGCUUGAGGCAGGUUAGGGUUUCAGACAAAAGACGAGACCCCAAAGGGUUCUAACAACACCCCUCGGAAACUCUCACUCUAGAUCCUUUACCGCAGGAGGCUGUAAAGGGAUCUAAGCAGGUGAAAGACACUAUAGAGAAACUCUAUGAAUCAAGACAGCCGUCAAUCCCAAAAGGCUGAAGAAAACCUAAAGCAAUCGCGAGAACCCUAGUUUCGAAACUCUCGUUAGACAAAAAAGUUUUUUUUAUUGGUGUAUAAUUGAAACUAGUGAACAUGAGGAACUUCAUUCAAAUCACAUAAUAUGAAAUUCUUUUCUCGUUUAACCGAUCAAUAUAUCCGGUUUUGACCGAAAUUAAUGUAUUAACUGGGUUUAUUUAAGGCUUGAUACGAACUCCUUUCCAGUCGAUUUGAUGACUGAUACUAAUUGUAUCCGAUUGAAUUUGAACCUGAUUAGAGGAAACGGGUGUGACAACCAUGAUUAUUAGUUUAUUACAACUUUACUACAAGUCUACAACCAAGAUGCUUUAAUAUUUUUGUUGCGUAUUGUCUCAAGCGGCAAAAAGCUUGUGUCUCCAUAGUGGGCCGGCUCAGUUGAGACAAGGCCCAGAAAACAUUGGAAGGUUCAGCCCGUCAGUAAAUGUAGUAACCCCUAGCUUCGUCGAUUCAUCCCGCUGCGUCUCCAAUUUUCUGCCGUCUGUGCUUCCUGGUGUUCAAUUCCGUGCUACCUGCUCUCCAUCUCGUGACAAUGGCGGCUGCUAAUCCUGCCCCUCCUCGCGCCCUCUCGGCUAAGGAGCUGGACAUUCAGAUGAUGUUGGCCGCCGAGGUCCAUCUCGGAACCAAGAACUGUGAUUUCCAGAUGGAGCGAUACGUCUUCAAGCGUCGCAAUGAUGCAAGACCCAAACCAAAUCCUCCUGUUCUGACGCUGGACGACCCAAACAAUACCAGAGCAACAUCGGUUGAGAAGUACAAGAACCUCCCCAAGCUGCCACUGAUAAAGGCAAAUGCAGUCGGUGUGUGGCACGUGGAUGCUGCGGAAUUGGAGGUGAAAGUGCUGGGAGAGGCUAACAAGAAGGUGAAAGUCAAGAUGAGCGUGGAGGAAUGGAAAAUGUUUGUGGAGAAGAAGAGGGAGGUUGGGGAGAGGUUGAUGUGGCAGUAUGCACAAGACUAUGAACAGAGUAGAGGGCAGAAUGCUGAUAUUAAGAUGCUUGUCACUACUCAGAGGUCUGGUACUGCUGCUGAUAAGGUCUCCGCCUUUUCUGUCCUCAUUGGAGAUAAUCCCAUGGCUAAUCUGCGUUCUCUCGAUGCACUUGUUGGUGAGUGAAAGGCUAUCUCGAUUGUUUGCGAAAGAGCAUUCUUUGACUCAUGAAUUUGCAGUUUUGCGAUUAGUUCAUCUCUUUCUGAAUGGACGCCAAUCUUUGUUUUGCAGGAAUGGUGGCAUCAAAAGUGGGGAAGCGUCAUGCGUUGUCAGGUUUCGAAGCAUUGAAAGAACUUUUUGUUGAAAGGUUACCACUUCGUUCCUUUUGGGUUUCAUUCUUUUCCAUUUCCAUGCUGUAUGCAGUUGCCUUAGUCUUUUUGUUGUUUAAGGUGUCAACUUGUUGUUCAUGAAAUUUGUGCUCGACGUUGUUUACUAAUGUGAGCCUAUUAACCUCGGAUUGUUCUUCAAUGAAUGCUAAGUGUUAAUUGACAUCUAAGUACCCGAUUCCUAAUAUAUCCGAGAGCUUGCUAAUGUUGUACAAAGAAGUUCUUCAAUUGGCUUCUGUUUCUUCUCUCAUCAACAAUUGAUAGCUUCCUGCAAUUUGCCCUUAAGUCGUGUGAUUGAAAUUGCAUUAUGACUCUGGUUUACUCAAUCACCAGUUUGCUUCCUGAUCGUAAGCUGAAGACACUCUUGCAGAGGCCUCUUAAUGAUCUUCCCGAGACAAAAGAUGGUUAUUCCCUUCUUCUCUUUUGGUAUUGGGAGGAUUGCCUAAAACAGAGGUUGGCUUCUUUUUCUUCCCUCUUUGUUAAAAGCAAUGGAUUGCUCUAGUUGUUGUUUGCUGAGGCAGAAAUUCAUGAGCUUAUUUCGACUUCUCUCCUUAUCAUCGCCUUAGGUAUGAACGUUUUGUUCUGGCCCUUGAGGAUGCAUCCAGAGAUAUGCUACCCAUACUAAAAGACAAGGCUUUGAAGGUUGGUAUUUCCAUGGAAUGUCAAUGCAUAUGUUUAUUCCCACCCCCCCCCCCCCCCCCCCCCCCCACUUCAAUGCACAAUUCUUUUCCCCGAUUCUCUUUUUCUGUACCAGUUUUGCUUGCAUUGAGGAGCUGUUUGAUGUCUUUAAUCCCAGAGCAUGUUUAUGCUGUUGAAGAGCAAAUCAGAGCAGGAGCGCAGAUUGCUCUCAUCCUUAGUGAAUAAAGUAAGUCUGAGUUU